UUUUCAUGUUUUCUCAGGUUUGACCUGCUCAUUGUAGAUGUCUGUGAGUCAUCAUGUCUCAUCGGGGACCUUUAACAGCCGUCAUAACCACAGUCCUGGGAGUGACCUUUGGAGGGCUGCUCAUAUGGCAGGUGUACCAAACAAAAAGGAAGAAGCUGCCUUCCACUCAGAAGGUGGUGGAUCCCGUGGAGGCUCCUCGUCCAGUGGAGGCUCCUCGUCCAGUGGAGGCUCCUCGUCCAGUGGAGGCUCCUCAUCCAGUGGAGGCUCCUCAUCCUGUGGAGGUUCCUCGUCCAGUGGACAGCACUCUCAGAGCUGUAGAGCAUCGGUGCGUGGAGCCAGCAGACUUCCCUGAGAAGGACUUGAAGACAGUGGAGAGUCAGACCACUAAGCUGCCCCCUCUGGGCCACAUCCUGUCGUUUGAUGAGCUGCUGGCGGUGAAGCCGGUGAUGGUGAGCUCUGAAGCGGAGUGGCAGCGGAUGUGGCCACUGAUUCAGAAGGAGCUGUCAGUCUUCCCUGUGCUGGGGCUGGACUGUGAAUGGGUGUCGGUGCAGGGCAGAGCCUCUGCUGUGUCCCUGCUGCAGGUGGCCACACACUCAGGUCUGUGUGUUCUGGUGAGGCUGCUGGCAUUUCGCAGCGGCCAGCAGCUGUUCCCAGAUACUUUAGUGGAGGUUCUCAGAGACACACGCGUUUUAAAAGUUGGUGUUGGCUGCUAUGAGGACGGGAAGCAUCUGACCCGGGACUAUGGCCUGAGCCUGACAUGUACUGUGGAUCUGCGGUACCUCGCUUUAAGACAGAGACAGGUAUCUGUGAGUAAUGGCCUCAGUCUGCAGUCCUUGGCAGCAGACCUGUUGAACGUCUCUCUGGAUAAGUCUUUAGAGCUGCGCUGCAGUGACUGGGAGGCAGAUCGCCUAACACUGGAACAGAUAACUUACGCAGCCAGAGAUGCUCAGGUUUCCAUGGCGCUCUUCCUCCGUCUCCUCGGCCUCGAGUCUGAAGCAAGUACCGCCCCUUCCAAUGGGGCCUCCUCCUCAGAGCUCAUUUCCCGCUGCCAGGGCCUGGUGGAUGUCCCGUUUCGGGGCCGAGGGGAUGGAGAUGAAAGAAACAGCGAUGGAGAAAGAAGGCGGAGGGCGAAGAAGCCGGUGUUGUGUGAAAGUCCAGAGUCUGGAGAUCAGCAAGUCCCAGACCCUCGGAGAAAUAACAGAAGGAAACCACUGGGUGUCGGUUAUUCUGCCAGGAAAGCUCCUCUCUAUGAUAACUGCUUCCUGUACGCACCUGACGGCCAGCCUCUGUGCACCUGUGACAAGAAGAAAGCCAAAUGGUACCUGGAUAAAGGAAUUGGAGUUCUUCAGAGCGAGGAUCCAUUCAUCGUGCGGCUGCUGUUUGAGCCUUCAGGACGUCCUGAUUCACAGCAGGACUAUUAUCUGACGGCCAAGGAGAACCUGUGUGUGGUCUGUGGAAAAGCAGACUCCUACAUCAGGAAAAACAUUGUGCCACACGAGUACCGACGACAUUUUCCCACAGAGAUGAAAGACCACAACUCCCAUGACAUCCUGCUGCUCUGCACCAGCUGCCACGCAGCUUCCAACGUGCACGACGGCUUCCUGAAGCAGCAGCUGGCCGAAGAGUUCGCCGCCCCUCAAGGCUGCGAGGAGGGAGUCCGGCUGCUGGAGGACUCGGACCGCCGACGGGUCCGUUCUGCAGCACGGGCGCUACUCAGCGCCGGAGAAGGACUGCCGGAGGCACGGCGUGAGGAGCUGCAGGUCCUGAUCAGGAACUUCUGGAACAUGAACGAGGGGCAGGAACUGACCGACGAGGUGCUGCAGCAGGCCGCCAGUUUGGAGACGAGGAUCCUAAACGAGGCGUACGUGCCACAUGGUCUGAAGGUGGUCCAGGCCCACGCCAAGCAGGGCCUGCAGGGCCUGAUGGACCUGGAGCGGUGCUGGAGGCAGCACUUCCUCAGCACCAUGCGGCCUCGCCACCUGCCCCCUUUCUGGUCCGUGGACCACAAUCACAGCAAGUUUCUACGCAAAUACGGAGCGGAGCUGCCAAUCAAACUCAACUGAGUUUAUGGACCCAGAAAGGACUCCAYGCUGCAACAGGAACAGGAUGAUUUUUUUACCUUUUCCCCCUCAUCCAGUAGUCGGAUUAGAACCAUCAACCCAACAGUUUGUCACCUACAUAGCUAUAUAUAGCUACAUAUAGCUGUAUGUAUGUUUUAGUGAGGCUGGGCUGAAUACAGAGGCAGCAGGGAUGGACAGGUUCCCACCGUGUGGACACUGUCUCUGGACAGAGGACGUUUAGUUCUAUUAAUUAAACUAAACGAUUUCUAUCUAGGAGAGAAAAAAAAAACAAUUAUCUGGUGGAUGUUGUGAAAAUGUGAAUUUUUUAUUGUUGUUAAAAUCUAAUUAUGUAUAAUGACACAGUUUAGGUUGAUAGAUGUUUUAAGAAAAAGCUGCAGCCUGCUCUUAUUUUCUAACACUGCAGCUCAUUGUCUCCAUCGAUUUGAACGACGAGUUUUGUUGUUUUGACUCUGAAAACAGAAGCUGAGCAGCAAAUGAUUGACAUCUUUGUCUGUUUUUAGGUCAAAAGAUGAAUUGUUAAAGGUGUUUUGGUUGUUUCCCUCAGCUGGGACAGAGUUGGCAUGUGAUCAUUUUAACUUCRGACGUGUCUGUCUCCAGAAGGUCGGGGCAUCUUCAUGGCUCAUGUUUUAAUGUGCCUCUUCCUCCCCUCCUGACGGAGACGACUCCUCGCAUCAGUUUCAGCAUGACGUCAUUCCACUAAUUCAACUCUUCAGACAAUAAUGAGUGUCAACUACAGCUGGAAGGGAAACAAAAAAGCUAAAUCUUUAUGAAAUUUAUUUAAAAAAGAAAUAAUUUAAGUGAAUAAAUCAGCUGCUUUGAGCAAAAGGUUUUCCUAAAACUGAAUAAAAACUGUUUGUAUGAAU